CCAUAAUCAAACCCUCCCACAAAAAAACCAACAAUCAAUCCAAACAGCCCCUAAGCAUCUCCCCACUGUCCACUUCCGUUUCCUCGGACCACCCAAACAGGAAAUGUCGGCGUGCAGCAAAAUCAGACACAUUGUGCGCCUCCGUACCAUGUUAAAACGUUGGCGUCAAAAGGCGGCCUCCCGUAUACCGUCCGAUGUGCCAUCAGGACACGUGGCGGUCACUGUGGGUGCCAGCUGUAGGAGAUUCGUUGUGCCCGCGAAGUACCUGAACCACGCCGUGUUUAGGGACUUGUUGGUCCGGGCCGAAGAGGAGUAUGGGUUUAGCAAUACAGGCCCAUUGGCUAUUCCGUGUGAUGAGUUGGUUUUUGAGGAGAUUAUCAAGUGCUUGUCCUGGUCGGAUUCGAAGAACCCGACCCGGUUCGCGAAAAUCGAGGAGAAUUGCCACGUGGACGUAAGGAAUAAUGCCGAGUUUUGGCCCGAGUCGCGGCCUUUGCUUAAUGGGGUUACUGAGAAAUCAAUUUGGUGACGUUGAGUUUUGACUCGGCCGAGUUGACUCGGAUAUUGACUCGUUUGCACAAUGAUGAGGACGAGUUUGACGAGUCUCUGAGUGAACCCAAAUGGGUCGUCAUUUUCAAAUUUGUUUUGUUAUGUUUUUCACCUCGAAUUUUUAUAGGUGAAUACUGAGUUACCGAGUCGAGGUGAAAACGAUGGAGAUGGCAAGUAGGUGGGACUGAGUUACCACCGAGUCGUCCCGGGUCGAGAUCCGAGUGAAGGGAGGCAACAUUAAUCAAUAAAAGUAUUCACUCAGAGUUAGUGCUGGUUGGUUCACUUUUGUAAAUUACGAGUAUGAUGAUUAAUGAUGAUUAGUGAAAUUGUUGAGACAAGUUGAAUUA